GCAACCCGCAUUUAUUCACCCUUUUCUGAACCGUUUCAUUUCAGAGGUUUACAAACGAGGACCACCUGGCAGUUCAUAAACACAAACAUGAGAUGACAUUGAAAUUCGGCCCGGCGCGCACCGACUCGGUCAUCAUGGCAGAUCAGACCCCGACGCCGACUCGGUUCCUGAAGAACUGCGAGGAGGUGGGGCUGUUCAACGAGCUGGCGAGCUCCUUCGAGCACGAGUUCAAGAAAGCCUCCGAGGAUGAGGAGAAAAAGAGCAACGCAGCCCUGGACAUGUCGCUGCCCUCCACCCCAGACAUCAAAAUAAAGGAGGAGGAGCCGGUGGAGGUGGACUCGUCCCCCCCUGACAGCCCUGCCUCCAACCCACGGUCACCGCAGAGCAAGGAGAAGGAGAUCACUCCCAAGCCUGUGAUCAUUUCCACACCAACACCAACCAUCGUGCGCCCCGGAUCGCUGCCCCUGCACCUGGGCUACGACCCCCUGCACCCCACGCUGCCUUCCCCAACCUCUGUCAUCACCCAGGCCCCGCCAUCCAACAGGCAGCUCGGGUCACCCACAGGUUCCCUUCCGCUCGUCGUGCAGCUGCCAAACGGGCAGACCAUGCCUGUCCUGCCCGGCCCCCCUAUGCAGAUGCCGUCUGUGAUAUCGCUGGCACGGCCCGUCUCCAUCGUGCCCAACAUUCCCGGCAUUCCCGGGCCGCCCAUCAGCAGCAGUGGCUCCGUUUCCCCGUCGGGUCUCCCCGUGCACUCAGAAGCCAAAAUGAGGCUGAAGGCCAGCUUGACGGCGUCUUCCUCGCUGAACGGCAGCGGCCUGGUGGUGGGCACAGCCAGCACGAUGGUGACGGCGCGCCCCGAGCAGAGCCAGAUCCUCGUCCAGCACCCCGACGCUCCAUCGCCAGCUCAGCCUCAGGUUUCCCCUGCACAACCCACUCCCAGCACCGGCGGUCGGCGGAGGCGGACGGUCGAUGAGGACCCCGACGAGCGCCGGCAGCGUUUCCUGGAGAGGAACAGAGCUGCUGCCUCGCGCUGCCGGCAGAAACGCAAGCUGUGGGUGUCUUCCUUAGAGAAGAAAGCCGAGGAGCUCACAACCCAGAACAUCCAGCUGAGCAACGAGGUGACGCUGCUGAGGAAUGAGGUGGCUCAGCUGAAGCAGCUGCUGCUGGCUCACAAGGAUUGCCCCGUCACCGCGCUGCAGAAGAAGACCCAGGGCUAUCUUGAAAGCCCCAAGGAGAGCUCGGAGCCCACCGGCUCCCCCGCGCCCGUCAUCCAGCACAGCUCCGUCACCGCGUCCCCCAACGGCCUCAGCGUCCGCUCGGCGGCCGAAGCCGUGGCCACGUCGGUGCUGACGCAGAUGGCGAACCAAAGGACAGAGCUGGCCCUGCAGCCACACGUCAUCAUGGCCCCACAGUCGCAGUCUGCCGGCAGAUGAUGCUCGUGGCCCCGCAGGACUGAGCGCGGCCGCCUCCCCCUCCUUUUCCCCCUCCCCCCCACCGCGGGACGGCGCGGAUUUGGGCUUUGGUUUUCUUUGCUUCGAGCGAAGGGCGGCUGUUGGGGUUUCCGAAGCUGCACCGCGGCCCCCCGGCCCCGCGUGCGUCACCCGAAGGCGCACGGCCGCACUUUGUGAGCCGACCUGCAGACGUUUUGCUUUCGGCUCCCGUGAACACUAAAGCUCCGCUCCCAGCAAAGUAAAGCCCCGGGGGGGGGGGGGGGGGGGUGGAAAGGACGCGAGGUUUCGUUGCCGCUGCCCGGCGCUGUUUGAGACUGAGCAGAGCUGCUGCUGAAGGGAUGGAGCUCGGGCUGCUCACCGGGGACGGAUUUCGGAGCUCAGAAGCGCGCCGGGAUCCCCGUUGCGAUGUCUGUGGGUUUCCUGCAGGGCGAACCCGGCGCUCCUCAUCGCUCCCAGCCCCGAGGAUCGCGACGACCUCGCGUUGGUGGCCUUAAAUCACGCAUCGUUGCCUCUUCCGAGGUGGGGAGGGGGGUGGGAGCACGGGGAGGGGGGGAUGCCGCUGGUUUGCCCUGACUUUUCCCUCUCCAUCCCGGUCGCGUUCUGCUCUUCUGACCCGGAGCUGAGCGGAGAAGAGCCGACCCAGCACCGAGAGCUACGGGUUCCCUUCCAGGGCUCCUUGUGCGAGCAUUGGGGAUGCAGUCGGUAUUUUGGAAGCGAAGGGCUCCUCUGGGACCCCCCCCCCCCCAAAACACACACAGCUCUGUG